GCUACGACUAACUUAAGGGGGACUAGCAGAAUGGAGAUCAAAAGGCGGCAAAGCCGAGGUUGCCGAAGGUCCAAACAACACAACAACCGCGGCUUUCCACUGGGGCUCGCCCGCUUACUGUGGAGAAGAAACACCGCAUUAAUGGAAUGAACUGGCCUUCUUCUUACCCAUCCCUCCUCCAACUCAUUAACUACAUUUCCCACUCAAAACUCCACCAAACUCCACCAUGCCGUUACCGAAAGAAGAAUACCUCAGCGCCUCGUGGAAGGAUGGCAUUUUUGCGAAUAAGGUCGUCUUCUGUACGGGAGGCGCGGGCACAAUCUGCAGCGCACAAGUGCGUGCUCUCGUACAUCUAGGCGCCAACGCCUGUAUCAUCGGUCGGAAUGUCGAGAAGACCGAGAAGGUUGCCAAAGACAUUGCGACCGCCCGCCCUGGGGCCAAGGUGAUCGGCAUCGGAGCCGUGGAUGUGCGAAAGGUUGAGAGCCUCAACGAUGCCGCCAGCCGCUGUGUCAAGGAGUUGGGGGGCAUUGACUAUGUUAUUGCUGGCGCAGCCGGCAAUUUCCUGGCGUCGAUCAACCAGCUGUCCGCCAAUGCUUUCAAGUCGGUCAUCGACAUUGAUGUCCUUGGGUCCUACAACACCCUAAAGGCGACGCUACCUUACUUGGUGGAGUCGGCAAAGAAGCACAGCAUUGACUCGGAUACACUCAAACCAUCUCCGCUGGGUACCGGAGGCCGGAUCAUCUUUGUUAGCGCCACCAUUCACUAUAGAACCAUGCCGUUCCAGACGCAUGUGUCGGUUGCCAAGGCCGGCGUGGACGCGCUGUCGCAUAGUGUGGCUAUCGAAUUUGGGCCGCUGGGGGUGACUUCGAACAUCAUUGCACCGGGUCCGAUCGGCUCGACGGAGGGCAUGGAUCGUCUGCUGCCGACCGAUAACAAGGAGGCCUAUGUCAAGUCUCAGCCACUGGGGCGGCUGGGCUCCGUGCGCGACAUUGCUGAUGCCACUGUAUAUCUGUUUGCUGACACUGGCAGCUAUGUCAGUGGCCAGACGCUUGUUGUCGAUGGGGCAUCAUGGCGCAUGACGGCCGGGGGGGCCGCUCAAGGCGCUCUUCAGUAUCCCGAUUUCCUCCUGUCCGGAGAUGCGGUACCUAAUGUUAAGGGGCAGAAGACGUCGAAGCUUUGAGCGGAUGGGAUAGAAUGGGUAUGGGGAUUUGAAUAGAGAUAGAUAGAGCCUACUAUUAGAAUAGUGCAGCGGAU